UUCUUUUCUGCUCCACCUUUAUUUCCAUCCUUCCCAAGACCCAGACUGACAUUUUGGUAACCAAACUGCCAGGACCUGACUGAUGGGUUUCUGUCCCUGUGAGAGCUGCAGCCUUUUUGUUUGUAGAGGGUGUGGUUUGGACCUUUUACUGCCUGCUGCUGGGGAAAUGCUUAAGGUUGUUGUAGUGAAAGAUUUAACAACAGGGGAAUCCGUCUUUUUUUUUUUAUUCUUCCUCGCCGAAAUGCAUUUAUAUGUUAAUACAGACGGAGAGAUGGAGAGAGAGAGAGAGAGGGGGAGAGAGAGGCGGCGCCCCGCCCUUCCUCUGUUGUGGAGCACAAGUGGCCAGUCCCCUCUCACAUAUAAACACUGGGUGUGACACCCACUGACCACUGCCACGCAUCUGGAUCGGUGGUUGUUGGAAGUUCACUCGCUUUACGGAGGGAGAUUGCCACAAACUUCCACGCGACAGCAGGAUACGGAGACAGCAACUCUUUGUCCGCCCUUCCUCGCUUCCGGUUUGCCUCGCUCUCUUACGUACAACUGUCGUGAUACAGACGUUUCCAUAGUUACAAAUAACAGCUAUUGGAUUAUAUAGAAGGUCCCAACUUCCUUGACAGUCCCGGUGUCCGCCCACUGUCAACAGAGAGAUCCGCCGGAGUCUCCGGACGCAGCAGAGAUCACCUGCAGCCCAGAGAAGCGCGCCAGGCAGCAGCCGUGCGUCUGUUAACGCGCUCCAGUGUACUUGAGAGAAAACUGCAAACUGCCCACUUGAGGAUAAACCUCAUUAGACUAGAAUCUCUUUUGUAGAUCACGUUGUUUUUUGGUAAAUAUGCAGGAUAAAGGCACAUUUAUCAGCCCUUUCCCCAGACCGAGGUGUCUGGCUGCAGCGGCGCCGGCGGGGAAAGCGAAAUUAACUCACCCGGGGAAGGCGAUUCUGGCAGGUGGAAUUGCAGGUGGCAUAGAGAUCUGCAUCACCUUCCCCACAGAGUACGUCAAGACCCAGUUACAGCUGGACGAGAGGGCCAAUCCACCGAAAUACAGAGGAAUAGGUGACUGUGUGAAACAGACGGUACAGAGUCACGGUGUCAAAGGACUGUACAGAGGACUCAGCUCACUGCUGUAUGGAUCCAUACCCAAAUCUGCAGUCAGGUUCGGGGUGUUUGAGUUCCUCAGUAACCGUGCAAAGGAUGAGUCCGGUCGACUGGACAGCACCAGAGGCCUGCUGUGUGGCCUUGGCGCUGGGGUGAUGGAGGCUGUUUUGGUGGUCUGCCCCAUGGAGACUGUCAAGGUUAAAUUCAUUCACGACCAGACUUCAGCAAACCCCAAAUACAAGGGUUUCUUCCACGGAGUCAGAGAGAUCAUCAGAGCACAAGGAUUAAGAGGCACAUACCAGGGUCUCACUGCCACGGUCCUCAAACAAGGCUCCAACCAGGCUAUUCGCUUCUUUGUGAUGACCUCUCUCAAGAACUGGUACAAAGGUGAUAACCCCAACAAAGCCAUUAAUCCCUUGGUGACUGGAGUGUUUGGGGCCAUAGCAGGAGCAGCCAGUGUAUUUGGAAACACCCCACUAGAUGUCAUCAAGACUCGGAUGCAGGGUCUGGAAGCACAUAAAUAUAAAAGCACGCUAGACUGUGCAGUGAAGAUCCUCAGAUAUGAAGGCUUGGCAGCUUUCUAUAAAGGGACAGUUCCUCGCCUCGGCCGCGUGUGCCUGGAUGUGGCCAUAGUUUUCAUCAUCUAUGAGGAGGUGGUGAAAGUACUGAAUACAGUCUGGAAGACGGACUGAGCUGCUGGACGCACAGAAAGGGCAGAGGCUUCCUGCUUCCCAGGCAUCAGACACAGAUCAGAGUUUAGCAGACGUCCUCCGUAUCAAGCAGCUGUUGAGGAGGUGAGACAGGGAGCUGAACUUAGAUCAGUGUCUUAUGUGAACCAGGAGGUUAAAGAGCUCAUAGACAGGGGCUGCAGAGAAGGAAGAAAUUGUGAUAAAGGCUCUGUCGCUAACAUCUGGACCACUGCAGAUGCUCAGCGUCAAGACACCUGACAAGACCAAGGGUCAAUGUCACAAAGUGGGAUUAUAAAGUCAGCCAAAUAACUGUGAAAAAGAUGCUUCAUCCUAGAGACACAUCAUCAGUUUCUAAAUACAAGACAAAACCUGAAUAUCAGUCAUUAACAUGAUUCCUUCAUGACUACUUAUAAACAACAUUUUUUUCAGAUAUUUCAGCAACUUUUUUCAAGUUAUCUGGUUCACUUUCUUUGUAAAAUAACCUCCUUUAGUGAGGAACAUGAUCUCUCAUCAUUCACAGCUGUUUUAUUGUCAUACUGGUGUCAUACUGGGUUUUCUUGAGUUUGUGUAGCUCUCUGUCUCCUCUUGUGCCUAAUAUAAGACCCAGAGGACCCAGACUGCAGCUGGUUGCAGUUUACAGUCACAUAAACUGCAGUAACUUCCAUAACUAAGCCUUUAAUAGAAUGAUUUAACGUUUAAAAUAUGCCAAUUAUUUUUCUAAAAUGUAGAUUCUAAUUUAGUUUAUUACCAGCAUUCUAAUUUUAUUGUAAAAUAUUAGAUAUUUUAUUCUUGUGCCAAGUGCCAAAUCUGUUAUACCACAAAAACGUAUUGAGAGUAAGAACAGAAGUCUAAUGAUUUUAACCAGAGAAGAGCAGAUAUUAUGAUUAAUUUUGUGACAUGCUUUAGAAAUGUAUUUAUUGGAAUUUGAAUGAUGGAUAUAUAGGUUGAGAGACUAUUUGCUGUUAACUUGUGCCACUUGUGUCUAACUUUUUUUCUGUAAUCAGGUCUGUAAAGUCGUUUUUAAGAUGUUAGGAAAAUAUUUUAUUGCUGUCACUGUGAUUUUAAAUGACCCAACAACAGAGUCAUACACUAAGUAACCUCAGACUUCCUUUCCCCCCUCGGUGGAAGCGUUAUGUUCAUCAGGUUAUAUCCUAACACCAGGUUCCUACAGCUGGAUGUUUAUUUGUCUUCUGUUUACAUGAGAAGCAGUUUUCAGUCUCCGCUUUGACAUAUGUUCCCUCUGUGAGUGCUUCGGUGGGUCGUGACCCCUCCAAUGGGUCACAAGAUAAAUCUGAGGGAUCAUGAGAUAAUUGAUUGGAAAGGAGUGAGGAUAAAUAU